GCCGUGUAGCGGAGAAGCGGUUCCCUCCCGUCUCCUGGCUUCCCUCGGCCGGCCCGCGUGUGCGCGCGUGCGCGGCCGUCCCGAGCAGGCUCCCCACCCCUCGACUCCGCGACCCGCAUCGCUCCCCCACCCGGGCCCGGAGGAUGAUGAAGCUCAAGUCGAACCAGACCCGCACCUAUGACGGCGACGGCUACAAGAAGCGGGCCGCGUGCCUGUGUUUCCGCAGCGAGAGUGAGGAGGAGGUGUUGCUUGUGAGCAGUAGUCGCCAUCCAGACCGAUGGAUUGUCCCUGGAGGAGGCAUGGAGCCUGAGGAGGAGCCAGGUGUGGCAGCAGUUCGGGAAGUCUGUGAGGAGGCUGGAGUAAAAGGGACAUUGGGAAGAUUAGUUGGAGUUUUUGAGAACCAGGAGAGGAAGCACAGGACAUAUGUGUACGUGCUCAUUGUUACCGAGGUGCUUGAAGACUGGGAAGACUCAGUUAACAUUGGAAGGAAGCGGGAAUGGUUUAAAAUAGAAGAUGCCGUAAAAGUGCUGCAGUAUCACAAACCUGUGCAGGCAUCGUACUUUGAGACGUUGAGGCAAGGCUACUCCGCCAACAAUGGCACCCCAGUGGUGGCCCCCACAUACUCAGUUUCCACUCAGAGCUCGAUGCCAGGCAUCAGAUGACUGAAGACUUCCUGUCAGAGAUGGAAAUUGGAAACUAGACUGAAGUGCAGAUCUUCCCUUUCACCCUGGCUCUCCUCGCCUCUCUUCACAGACCUCCUCUUUCAAAAAGGCAUGAUGGGCCGCAGAGAGGGGCAUAUUGAUAAUGUUGCUGUUUGGUGUUACGUGAUGGGCUUUUCUUCUUUCUCUUGAGGGUGGGGGCUGGGGAUGUAAUAUGUAAGUACUUUAGUGCAUGAACUGCCCCUCCCUUUUCUCACCCCUCCUCCCCUCUGAAGAGAGGCAGAUGGUUUUCCCUACCCUGGGUUCUGAAGUAUUCCUGUUGGUCUCAUCCCAGCCCUAACCAGACAUUUUCUCUGAUUUUUAAUUUUUUUUUUAUUAAAAGAUACCAAUGUAAGAUGAAAUUUUUCAAGGAUUUGUUCUACAGUGUGCUAUUCAGUUCAGUAGAUUGGUCACUUACUUGACAGGAUACAUUUAUCUACACAUUAUAUUCUGGACAUAUAAUAUGUAAAUAAAUGACUUAGAGGAAUUUA